UAGGAUAAAUCACUGAGCAUUUGCGUUGAGAAAUGUACGCGAUAAAUGCAUUGAGAAUUAUUUUUGUUUACAUUUUACGAGAAAACAUUUGUAUUCUUGCAACGCAUAUUUUGUAGUAAUUUUCUUUACUUUAAAUAUAUUGUUAAAGAUAUUUUUACUUUAGUUGUAGACUUCAUGCCAAAUUCGGUUUUAGAGUAAGGCCCUUUGUUAAUUGUAGGAUGACUUUAAGAAUUAUAAGAUUUGAUUUAUUAGAAGAAGGUAUUCAUUUAAAAUGUAUUCAAUGAAUUGAUCCAGUACAUUAACUUUGGCAAUGAUCGCUACUUCUGUAAUUAAUGAAGAUCGAAACAAAAUUAAUGAAAUCGUUAACAAAACUUUGAUGUCUUUAAACAGUUUCGAAAAUGUUCUCAACAACAAACUAAGAUUCACGAGUACUUUACCAUUCGAACAUUUACCCCAAAUAAAAAUAAUCACCCUCUCCACUGAGUUAGAUGCCUCAAUUUUCUGCGGGCUGUAAUUCGAUUCUCUGUUUAGGUAUUUCUCCAGAGCUAUCUAGCCUGAUUGAUGACUCGAGGCCGUGGGUUACGACAGCCUUAUUAUCGGCAUAAGUUCCCAAUUUCGGACAGCAGGCAAUGUUAUUUGUGCUGGCUUGUAUCCUUGCGUGGGUGGCGUUGAUGUGUGUUUUAUGGCAGCGACUGGAGAUGCAAUCACACGUGAUUGCUGUGAUACGGAAUGAGAACAAUGGUUACAGUUGUAUUUUUGAGGCACCGUGACACUGAGUACAAUUGAUAGCGAUUUCAUUAUUUUAUGUCUGUUUUGGUUUGGUGAUAAUCUAAAGGUUGAAUACCUAUAUGGAGAAACGACACAAUUAAAAUAAUGCUUUCAGUUUAGAUUGGUAUCUACACUAGGUGAAGAAAGUUUAUUCAAUAUUCAUGAGUAGAAUUUGUAGAAUAACUAUUUUUUAUAAACGAGAUUGAUUGACACUGGCAACAAGUACGCGAUAAAGUUUUAGCUCUCAUAAAAUUAUUCAAUAUCCAUAAAAUGUUGUAGGCGAUAAUUUCAGAACAACGAGUGCACUAUAUGUGAUGCGUGUCCUCUCACUCCUGACUUUGCUAGUGUUAGGUUUAUUCGGGACUGUCACUGCAGAAGAUAUCAAAGAUGUUCCUAUUGAAGUGCUCAACCUCACUGUGUACGACAUAUCCAACAAAUUGGUCGAGUUGUUCAGUGGUGACCAAAAUAAGAGUAGAAUCAAAGAUUUGAAAGACAAACUAGAUCGCAUCAACCAUUAUGUGAUUGACCACAAUCUGAUUGGAGCACUCCUGAACAAUGUGACAUCAGAGACCACUUUAAACGAAACUAACUUCUACCAGGCACUCAUGGAUACGGAUCACUUCUCAUACUUGACAGCAAACGAAUCCAAGAAUCUGAUUCUGAAGCUAAAGGAAAAGAUGACACGAGACGACAUAUUGAAGAUCGUCGCAGAAAGAGCAUCACGGAAGAAACUGAUGAAGUCAGCCAGAAGGAUGAUGGAAGAUCCCAUUCCUCAGCAUGAGGAUGAAGAAAUGAUGAACGAUGUAGUGGAUAAACUCAUAGCAGAAACGCCUUAUGACAACCACAAGACAAAAGAAAACAAAAGUGUUUAUUGGGAUCCCCAAAAGGAGUUGGAAGCGAAGCAGAGUUACCUCCAGAACAAGCGGAGUGGCCGCCGCAUCUUCCGCGGCGAACGCACCAACAUCAGGAACUUCCCGUUCAUGGCAUCCGUGCACCUCAUGGGCAGGUUCUGGUGUGGAGCCGUGAUAUAUUGGCAAGAUCUGUGCAUUACCUCAGCUUCGUGUCUACAGUUAUUACACAACAAUCGCUUCUUUCGUGAGAACCCUCGCAUAUUACAAGUGAGGAUAGGCAGCAACCACAGCAGAAUUGGUGGAGAGAUGGUGGAUGUCCUUGAGGUGUACUUCCACCCCGGCUACAACCCAAGGACGUUGAAGAACAACCUGGCAGUGAUCAGGCUGCGACGUCACAUUCGCUUCACGUCGCACGCAGUCACCAAGUACAUUCCAAUCGACAACCACAUCCACGCCCCGCCCCCCACUGCUGCGGUGCUGCUGCUCGGCUGGGGAGUCACCAAGAUAUCGCAGAAGUUAUCGUACGAGCCGAUAUUCUUGCAGAAGAAAGUGUUGCCGGUGUAUCCAAACGCUUUCUGUAAAGAGGUCUAUGGAGACAAGUUCAUACCAGAGAAUAUGUUCUGUGCUGGUACUCUGACUACGGGAGAAGGCGCAUGUGAUCACGAUGCAGGUGGGCCAGCGAUCCUGGAUGGCCGAUUAGUCGGGGUCAUAUCGUUUGGACCUACUAUAUGCGGGUUUGCCGACGCUCCCACCGUGUUCACUACAGUCGGCGCCUACACUGACUGGAUAGAAACUAUCAAUGAAACUAUGUUGGAAUACUACACCGGUGAAGCCCGCACCACUACCACAACCAAGUCUCCGCUGAACGAGUUCCUCGCGACGUACAGGAUUGGCCAGGCGGGACGUGCGAAGAGCACAUACGUUCCUCCGAUCACCAUAGCCACUGAGCCCACUGCGUCAGUCGAAGAGCCGGAGCCAGAACCAGCUGUUGAGACACAAACACACUAUACAGCUGCACCACCAGUGCCUCGCCAUGUACUCCGAGAGGGUGAGGACUCUGACGGUGGAUGGAGUAUUGAUUUAACCUUAUAAAUACACACAUAAAUUUUAUUUUUAUUUUACACUUUAGACUCUGCUUUUAAUAACAGUUAGUCUAUUC